AAAGCAUUCCUUUCCAUUUCUUUUCAUUGACAAGAAAACACCAAACCACUGUACUCCGAUCGCUGAAAAGACACGCAAAAAAAUAUUUACAACACCAUGGCAACUGUAAAGGACAAACUGAUCCAGGAAGUUAAACCUGGAGAGCCUGUGGUGGCCGGAGCAAAGGUCACUAUUGUAGGUGUGGGACAGGUGGGGAUGGCCUGCGCGAUCAGCGUUCUUCAGUCGAAUGUAGCUGAUGAUGUUACAUUGAUUGAUGUGAUGAAGGACAAACUGAAGGGCGAAGUUAUGGAUUUACAACAUGGCAGCCUCUUUCUGAAGAGCACCAUCACAGCUGCUGAAGACUAUUCAGAGACAGCAAAUUCCAAGUUGUGCAUCAUCACCGCUGGCGUUCGUCAAAAGGAAGGGGAGAGUCGCCUGAACCUGGUGCAGAGGAAUGUUGAAGUGUUUAAGCACAUCAUCCCUAACCUGGCCAAGUACAGCCCAGAUGCAGUCCUCCUUGUUGUUUCCAACCCAGUGGACAUCCUGACCUACGUGGCUUGGAAGCUGAGUGGAUUCCCCAGCCACCGUGUCAUUGGCAGCGGCACCAAUCUGGACUCUGCCAGGUUCCGCUUCCUGAUUGGGGAGAAACUGAAGAUCAACUCCAGUAGCGUCCAUGGAUACAUCAUCGGGGAACAUGGGGACUCGAGCGUCCCUGUCUGGAGUGGAACCAAUGUCGCUGGAGUCACUCUCCAGUCUCUGAACCCUAACCUGGAUACAGAGAACGACCCUGAAGAAUGGAAAAAAAUUCACAAGCAAGUAGUGGAAAGCGCUUACGAAGUGAUCAGGUUGAAGGGGUACACCUCUUGGGCCAUUGGGCUGAGUGUGUCCACCCUUGCCCAGUCAAUCUUGAAGAACCUCCAGAUUGUCCACCCAGUAUCCUGCCUCGUCAAGGACUUGCAUGGAAUUAAAGAAGACGUUUUCUUGAGUCUGCCCUGUGUCCUGGGUUCAUCUGGGGUCUGUGGUGUCUUGAAACAGCCACUGAAAGAAAGUGAGACCACCCACCUGAAGAAAAGCAGCGAGACCCUCUGGGCCGUCCAGAAAGAGCUCAAAUUGUAAACGAACCGUGCAAAAGAAAGCUUGCUGCAUAGUUUACUGUUCGAGGCCUAAACAGUACAGUGCUAUGUAGGGGCUUAUUAGUCGGUUCUUUAAUUCUGUGCUUGUCUGCUUGUUAGGUGCUGAAACGUUGUAAAGCGAUACUAAAACAUACUAGGUGAUCCAAGGAUGCUACUGCUAAAGUCUCAAUAUUUAAACUCUCAAGGCCAGUGGCUAGAGGAUGCUUUAGCUACAGAUGUAAAGGUGUUUUUAUUAUUAUUAUUUGUUUAUUUAGCAGACGCCUUUAUCCAAGGCGACUUGCAGAGACUAGGGUGUGUGAACUAUGCAUCAGCUGCAGAGUCACUUACAAUUACGUCUCACCCGAAAGACGGAGUACAAGGAGGUUAAGUGACUUGCUCAGGGUCACACAAUAAGUCAGUUUACUAUAACCUGUACAACUUGACACUUGUGCAGCUUGCUGUUCCCUCUUCGCUGCUUGAUUGCCAUUGGGGAUUAUUGUGAAUGUGUUUGAGCUUUAACUGUGCUGUUAAUGGAUGACUGCAGAAAAGCUGUUUGGUAAUAUUGUCUGAUUGUUCUGAAGUCUUUGAAAACAAAUAUGAAAUACUAUUCAGCAGUAA